CCUGAGAAGUGUUGUCUGAGGUCAUCGCUGACGUGUGUUCUAAAUUCGUCAAGUAUAAAUCCCCAUACACACUCUCUUCCCUUAAAGAGCAUUUAUCAUAUCAAUCCAAGCUUCAAAAAAUGGCAAAAUCACCAGCGACAGAGCAUCCCAUCAAGGCCCAAGGUUACGCUGCCAAAGACACUUCUGGAACCUUUUUACCUCUCACCUUCUCCCGAAGAGCCACAGGAGAUAAAGACGUGAGAUUCAAAGUUUUGUACUGCGGAAUCUGCCAUUCUGAUCUUCAUUUUGCCAAGAACGAAUGGGGUGUGACUACAUAUCCAGUAGUUCCGGGGCAUGAGAUUGUGGGUGUCGUGACAGAAGUAGGAACCAAAGUAGAGAAAUUCAAAGUUGGAGAAACAGUCGGUGUUGGAUGCUUGGUGGGAUCAUGCAGAUCAUGUCAAAGCUGUUCUAACAAUCUUGAACAAUACUGCCCUAAGAUGAUCUUGACCUAUGCUGUUCCUUACUUCGAUGGCACAAUCACAUAUGGUGGCUACUCGGACCACAUGGUUUCUGAUGAGCAUUUUGUGUUGCAUUGGCCAGACAAUUUGCCACUUGACUCCGGUGCACCAUUGCUAUGUGCUGGGAUCACAACUUAUAGCCCCCUCAGACACUAUGGACUAGACAAACGUGGAACCAAGUUGGGAGUGGUUGGUCUUGGUGGGCUUGGUCAUGUUGCAGUAAAGAUUGCUAAGGCUUUUGGGGCAGAAGUUACUGUUUUCAGUACCACUCCAGAGAAGAAACAUGAAGCACUUGAUGGACUGAAAGCUGACCAUUUCAUAGUUAGCAAAGAUUUGGAGCAAAUGCAGGCUGUUACCGGAACUCUUGAUGGUAUUUUAGAUACUGUUUCUGCAUCUCAUGCUAUUGCACCCUUUCUUAAUAUUCUUAAAACUGAUGGAAAGUUGGUUCUUGUUGGUGUGCCCGAGAAGCCACAUGAACUACCGGCAUUUCCUUUGAUCAUAGGGAGGAAGAUUGUUGGUGGUAGUAACAUAGGAGGACUGAAAGAGACACAAGAGAUGCUUGAUUUCUGUGCGGAGCAUGAGAUAACAGCAGAUAUAGAGGUUAUCCCCAUAGAUUAUGUGAAUACGGCCAUGGAUCGUCUCUUGAAAUCCGAUGUUAGAUAUAGGUUUGUGAUCGAUGUAGCAAAUUCUAUCAAAGCUCCACUUGACACAUGAGAUGCAAAAGGUCUCACUUCACAUAUGAGAUGCAGGGUCCGAGGUCGAUGUAGGUUUCAACAGAGGUUGGUUGUAUGUUGAUAGAUUUGUAUGGUCAAUAUUUUGACAUAUAUUAAAUCCAUAAAUUUCAAAUACAUAUAAAAGAGGACUAAAUAAUUUAUUAGCUAAUUUGAAUGCUUGUGUAUUUGUAACGUCCCAAAAAUAAUAUCAAAAUUUUUAUUUUUAGAUUAAUAAAUCGUUAAUACAUAUCAUUUCCAUAAAACCAAG